UCCGUUUCAAACUUCACCGCGCUUGUGAAUUGGCAAAACAAAACAUGACCGUUGCACAGGGCAAAAUGAAGAGAUGGUUUGACAAGGGUGCAAGAAGCAGGAGUUUUCGUCCCGGUGAUAAAGUGCUGGUUCUAUUGCCUAUUCCUGGCUCUUCUCUGCAGGCGCGUUAUAGCGGCCCUUACCUAGUCAAAAAGAAGGUGGGCGAUCGAGACUACAUCAUCGACACCCCUGAACGUCGACGGCGUAGUAGGCUGUGUCAUAUUAAUAUGUUGAAGCCUUACUUUGACAGGGAGUCUCAGUCUGUUUCCACCCCUUCUGAUGGUCCAGAGGUCAGUGUGGCACCGGAGCUGUCCAGUGUGGGAAUUGCUGAUGGUGACAAGGUAACUCUGGCGCUGUCUAGCAACGCCAGUGUUCCUCCCCCUGAAUCUCAGGAUGACCAAGAGGAUAUUGUAGGGAUAUCCAGUGAUGUAAUUCAUGGGCGACUAAAAAAUUCAGAAAUGCUUUCUAAUCUUCAUUGUUGUCUUCCAAAUUUGGUUCAGUCUCAGCGUGAGGAUGUGAUCGGUUUAAUUGGCUCUAAUUUAACUCUUUUUUCAGAUGUGCCGACUCGCACGCAUGUGUUGCAGCAUGACAUUGAUGUUGAUAAUUCUCCGCCAAUCAAACAACACGCCUAUCGCGUUAACCCUGAGAAAAGGCUUCGUCUCCGAAAACAGGCUGGCACUCAGGCUGACACACCUGCAGCAAAUCUGAGAUGGCUACCGCCCAAUUACCAGCCUGCUGUAUAAAGCCAGCAAAGUCAGUUGCUUGAGGAGGACAGACCCGGCAACACCUUAGUCCCACAGUACGAGUUGUUAAAUAGCCUUUUCAUUCUGUAAUCCUUGAUCUAGGCCUGGGGAUGGCCGGCGGUCCUACUUUUCCGUUUAGUUCUUAGUUUAUAAUUUGGUUUUGUCAGGCAGGGAGGGGGGCCAGCCUCGACGUCCCUAUAGGGGGUGGCCUGGUCCCCCCUCCAUUUUGCUGAGUUUGUCCGGCAUCUCCAGGUCCCUUUUGGUUUGCAGACUUCUUUAUUUGGUAAAGUAUUCAUACUGCAUUUCAGCUAUGGUUUCAUUUGGUUAAUAAAACCCGUUAAAACAUCUUA